AUUUUAGGCUCGGCAGCCGAGUUGCCUUUCAAGCAAAGUCAAAUUGUGCCGAACCGAAUGAAACUCUUUACAUGCCCUUGGAUAAAACUAUCCGAGAUGCUCGUUGGUUCAAGACGCGGCGGCCGGGCGAGCAGGUCCUGUGUUCCUCGCCUCUCCUGACUACACACUCAUCCUCAGCGUGGUUCGGAGGAGGAGUUCCUUGAGAGGAGAACUUUAAGGUUAUUGUGGCUUACGCGCUGAAGGUGCCGGAGAUACAGUAGGUGGAGUGAUUGGCAGGGAUUGCGGGCUAGAAAUGGGAUUCGUGUUUCUCGUGUGUGAAUUCGCAAUGGAAAGUUUUGAAAAUAACGAUGCUUGGUAAGGAUUUAUAUGGCUAGCGAAUCUGCUAUACAGGUAGAAAAAUAAUUGCACUCACAUUCGCAAAGAGAAGAGCAGUAAGGGAUGGAAAAAUAAGAAAAUACGAAUAAAAGAAGAAAGAGUGAAAGUUGUGAAAGUGGAGAAAGAGAAGAUAAGGAGAGCAAUUAGAUCAUUUCCCCCAGCAAUAAGAGCAGCCAUGCCUUCUAAUUCCCAAGCGAGGGCGGGGAGACAGAGCGAGAGUUCACCGAAGGACAACGACGCCUGUUGCGACCCUCUCCUCGGCUCCGACGGCGCGCCAAUCAUCCACUUAAAAAGCGCAGAGACACCGAGAGAAAAGGAGAAAGAAGAAGAAAGCAGCACGCAGGGAGACGAAGACGAGAAUGAACAAGGGCAAGAUGAGGACGACGACUUUCCUGACGGAGGCUGGGGCUGGGUCGUGACCUUCGGCUGUUGCAUCAUCGCGGCCCUGGUGAACACGGUGGGGCCCUGCUUCGGGAUCCUCUUCUCGCGCUUCCUGAAGGACCUCGGCACGUCCUCCGUCAACGUCGCCUGGAUCUACAACGCCAGGGCCUUCACCCUGAGCCUCACGCAGCUCCUCCUGGGGCCUCUGGUGCUCGAGCUCGGCUGGCGGAGGCUGGCCUUCUGCGCCGGCCUCCUCGUCGCCUUCGGCUUGGGCGCCUCCGCCUUCGCCGUCUCCGCCGUGUACCUGCUCUUCUCCUAUUCGCUGAUGACAGGUAUCGGCAGCGGCCUGGAGGUGGGUCUCCUGUUCACCAUCAUCCCGCACUACUUCAGGAGGAAACGGGGCAUCGCGAACGCGCUCAUGAACCUGGGCAUCAGCACGGGGCAGAUGGCCGGCCCACUGCUCAUCAGCUACUUGCAGGGCGUCUACGGGUUCUGCGGGAGCACCCUCAUCCUGUCGGCCAUCGUGCUCAACUGCUGCGUCGGCGCCUCGGUGUUCCACCCCGUGGAGUGGCACACGAAGAGGAGACGAAGCAGGAAGAAGAGCGAGGCGGAGCGCGGACUCGUUCCCGAGGAGGAGAAGGGAGCGCUCAAGGCGGCGGCGCGCUUUUUCUGCCACGUCUUCCAGAACCUCAAGUUGCUCAGGUCUCCGAGGGUGCUCGUCAUCGCCCUGGGCUCCUCCCUCAACACCACGGGGUUCCUCAACUUCCUGAUGAUGGCGCCCUUUGCCCUGCAGGCCGCCGGACACAGCCUGGAGGAGUCCUCGUGGUGCAUGUCUGUGUUCGGGCUGUGCAACCUGGUCAUGCGGCUCCUGGUGUCCUCGCUGACGGACUGGCCCAGGUUCAGCAAGCGCGGGUGUUACAUGGCCGGCACAGCCUUAGCGUUCGUCUCUGUUAUUACAUUCAGCUUCUUGCGGGACCUCACGUGGGCGAAAGUGGUGAUGGGGCUGUGGGGCUGUGGCGUGGGCAGCUUCAUGGGUAUCCACAGCUUAAUAAUGGUCGAGUAUGUUGGCCUUGAGAAACUUGUGUCCACGCUGGGGGUCUGCGGCAUCACGAAUGGCCUCUGCUUCAUCCUCGUCGGCCCCCUCAUUGGCGUGAUCCGCGACGUGAGCCAGAGCUACGCCGUGAGCAUGUGGGCGCUGUCCGGCUGCUUCGCGACCAGCUUCGGCCUGUGGCUCCUGAUGCCCCUCGCCGUGGCCUGCGACCGGAGGCGGGAGCGGCAGCGGGAGGCGCCGGCGUAGCGGAAGGGAGCGAGGCGCCGCGCCGGCUUGCUCCAGGCGGGUCACGUGGACAGAUCGGCUGCGUGGCGAGACUUGCGACGCCAGGUGACGUCAGCUGGAACAGGUGAUUUGGUCAUGGCGUUCGAGUUACUUAAACAAGUCACUGGAGCUGUCAUAUGCACUCCUACGCGAGGCUUAAAGGGUCGAGAACACUGACCUCAAUCUGCCGCAAAAUACGAGGUCAGGUCUCGGCUGGAGGGUUCACUCGAGGUUUCACUCGAGGGUUCACUCCAGGGUUCACUCGCCUCGUCGGAAGGAACGGUUCGGCAGCUUAUUUUGUUCAGUGUUAUUGCUCUCGAUGUUAAGGCUUAUACACGGACAUUUAUUUUCCUAUGAAUAAAAAAGAUACAUAUUUGA